AUGGCAUGCUACCCACGAGUCCCGUACCCGGCAAUGAGUGGAGUGAAUGAACAAAUGAUAGGAUGGACUCGAGUAGGCAAUUUGCCUGCCAUCGCCGUGCUUCUUGAUUCUGCUGAUCCUGCGGAGCUGCCCACAUACGGCGACACGCCCCUUCACAUCGCAAUCAACAACCAUUAUUCUGAUAUUGCCCGCUUCCUGAUCUCACGCGGCUUUGAUGUCAAUCAGAAGGGCUGUGAGUCGUAUGGCGCUGUUUGCUUACCUCCCCUGCACCUAGCCGGCAUGGCAAACUCUCCAGAAUUAAUAGACCUUCUGCUCGACGCGGGAGCGGAUGCCUCCCAGGACGACGUUUCGGCUGCUGGAUUUUGCUGCACGCAAUUAGGACAGCUUGGUGAGGAGGGAAGACCGCAUACAGCCUUCAUGACUGCGGCCUUCUGGGGCUGCGAGGCCGCCGUGCAACGCUUCAUUGAACGGCUGCAGCCUGCGGGUCUUAUCGCCGCAGGGGAGUGGCCGGAUGCAGUCAUUGCCGCCUCGCUUUUUCGUCACCCGAAGACCCUCGCCUGUCUCUUCCCUCUCGCCGACGCAGCCCUGAAUCAAGAAUACGACACCUACCACGGGAUGGAGCCUCGUCUACCGGAGGUGUCGUGGCAGGAUGGCAUCCAAGUCUUUCGCCUCUUACUGGAUAAUGGCGCUCGCCCAAAUUUGUUUCCUCGAAUGUCGGUUUGUCGGUCCGGCAACGGAAAUCCGCCCGAGCCGAUCAUCCUGCCAACAAUUGACACAUCUAUGGGCAUGGACAUGAUCCAGAUGCUCCUUGACCACGGGGUAGAGCUCCCUGAUUGCCCCGCCGCCAGGGGCGAGGAAGGAAAAGGAAUGAGCCUCUUCGCUCGGUCAGUACGCAACGGCCAUCCAGACAUUGUUCACUUCUUCUUCGACCGUGGAGGCGUGGAUAUCAACGAACAGAUUCUGCCUACAUGGAACUGGUCGGGCGGGACCCUACUUCAUAUCGCUGCUGGGAAUGGGCGUCUGGAGACGGUUCAGUUUCUAUUAAACCAUGGUGCCGACCCUCUAGCGACUGAUCCAAACGGCUGGUUGCCGCUGCACCGGGCCUGUGAAGGUCGCCAUUUCGAGGUAAUCGAGCUGCUGUGGCCCCUAAGCGAAACGAUUUCGAGCGACCUGGCGAAUUACCGCACUACAGAUGGAACGACUGCGUUCCACCUCGCUAACUGCUGGCAGAGUAGUGUCUAUGAAGAGGAGGCUGAAGUCGAAGUAGUCAGUCUGCGUCUGUUACACCUCUUCAAGCAAAAGGGUGCCGACCUAAGUAGCCUCGAUCGGAGCGGACGGAGCCUCCUCCAUCAUACUCUGCCACGUAACCAAGAAAACCACCAAUGGUUCUGUCGCCUCAUAGAAGAAGGAGCACAGCUCCUACCCAAUGCGCAUAGACAGACAGAACUCCACCUUGCCGUUUCCUUCAUCCACCGUUACCGGGCUUGUGUCGACUUUCUGCUCGCCCAUGGGGCUGGGAAGGAUAUCAACACACAAGAUAACAAAGGCCGCACUCCCCUUUACAUGUACAUUGAGACCCAUUACCACAACCCCGCCAGUCAACUCGGAGGCCACAUACGGGGCGAGCAUAUCGAACUUUUGCUCCGGGCAAGGGCUGACCCGGACAUUCGAGCGGCAUCUGGCCAGUCGGCUAGGGAGUUGGCCACAUCAAAGGGGUUGAUCUAUGAUGUUGAGAUUGGUUCUAUAGCCUCAGACGCAAGAGGAACCAAAUGA